CUUAGUCAACCUGCAACAUAUUCUCUCAGAUAGAACCGGGACUAUGUUCACGUUAUCGGACAUUUUUUUGGAUCAACCAACUGCUUGUUUCCGAGUACUAAUUAACCGUUAUCCUUCCUCAAAAUCUCUUCGAUGAACUUCAUUCAAAAAUCCCUUUUUUCAUUUCAUAUAUAUUAAUAACUUCAUCAUAAAAUUUUUAGCUCUCAAUUUUUCCUUCGUUGCCAAGCAAAUUUCUUCUAUUCCUGCGGUCAAUGAAGCUUUUUCCUUUUUCCUUUAUUUGGAUAUAAUUGUUGAUUAUUCAACCCCAUUUGUUCGUUACUUGCAGUUAGGAGAUGAAUUCAGCUAAUUCAACAAAUGGGUUUUUUCCAGACGAAGUUAUUCUUCAAAUUCUGGCAAGAUUACCCAUAAAAGUCAUAUUCAGAUUCAGGUCUGUGUGCAAAACUUGGUAUAAUUUUCUGUCUGAUAGCUAUUUUGUUCAAUUAUGUAAUGAAAUGUCAAUUAAGAGCUCGAUGGUAUUGGUUGAAAUUACUGAGAUUUCAGAGUCAAAAUCUAAUUUGAUAUGUAUUGAUUAUUUGAGAGGUGUGUCUGAAUUUCCACUGGGUUUUUUGAAAGAUAGGGUUAAAGUUCGAGCUUCAUGUAAUGGAUUAUUAUGCUGCUCAAGUAUUCCUGAUAAGGGUGUGCUUUAUGUGUGUAAUCCUAUAACUAGAGAGUUUAAAGUGCUCCCAAAAAGUAGGGAAAGACCUGUAACUAGAUUUUAUCCUGAUGGUGAUGCAACUUUGGUUGGUAUAUCAUGUGAUUUAUCUGAUAAUAGCAAAUUUAAUGUUGUAUUGGCCGGAUACCAUCGUCCGUUUGGACAUAGUCCUACAAAGACAUUCAUCUGUAUGGUUUAUAAUUCUGAGAUGAAUAAAUGGAGAAAGUUUGUGACUUUGCAAGAAGAACAUUUUACCCAAAUGAACAGAAAUCAGGUUGUUUUUGUGAAAGGGAUGCUACAUUGGCUUACCGUGAGUUAUUCGUGUAUACUAGUAUUAGAUUUGGACAUGGAUGCUUGGAGAAAGAUCUAUUUGCCUCAUCAAAUGAGUUGUGGAACGGGAAAUCGAAUGUAUUUACUGGAAUCAAAUGGUUGCUUGUCUGUUAUUCAGAUUUCUGAUGCUUGGAUGGAUAUAUGGGUGCUGGAGGACUAUGAUAAACAGGAAUGGAAAAUGGUGGAUAGGGUAAGUCUUAGAUGUAUCAGAGGCUUGGCUCCGGGAGUUUUCCCUAUAUGUCAGACGGGCGAAUGCGUUUUUCUAGCUACUCAUAAACAAGUGUUGGCCUACAAUAGGAGCACCAGUGUCUGGAAAGAAAUGUACGCAGUGACCAGCAGCUCAAUAUUACCCCUGUGGUUCUCUGCAUAUGCAUUCCGGAGUACAAUAUUUUCCAUUCACUAAGGUGAAGAUUUGUGAAUAGUUGUACAUAAAUAUUGUUAAGUGCCUUCACUAUUGCUAUGCACGACAAUGAAUUUGGUUUACCCCAUUUGAUGUUUUAUUAUUAUGCCAUUUAAAUUUGGGAUCAUUAUCUAUUGAUACAUGUUUAAUUCAUUGCAUAUCACUGUCCUGUGCUCCUUUCUGGCUGAAAGUUUUGUUUUUAUAUUGUCUUCUACGUUGAUCACCCUAGUUCAAAUUAUACAAAACCAAAGCCAAAACAAAACAAAACAAAUACUAGCAAGUCAAUGCUUCGACAACUGAUGAAGCCAGAUAGAACCAGCAUCGCUGCGCUUUCUAUUUACGGUAAAUAGAAUUCUUUCCCUAAAGACAGAUCAAUUGCUUGACAACAUAGGCGAUAAAGAAAAUCUUAGGCUCCCGAAUACCUUUAUUUCUAGUUUUCCAUAUCCAAUAGACAGCCGCAGUCACACCAGCAAACCCAACUUUCUUUCUUGUUAGAGACAACCUGCUUCUUCUAAUCAUCAUCAUCAACCUAAUAUCCCGCUCGAAAACAGGGUCUGGGUGAGGGAUCGUGACGGAUAAUUCAUAUCUUUACUCCUUUGAGAGGGAUGAUGUAUUGCAAUAACUGAAUUGUAAAAUUUUGAAGUUUUGACUAACACUAUGUUUGGAUAAAGGAAAUGGAAGGAAAGAAACUAUUUGGAUAGAGGGAAUGGAGGGAAAGGAAAGGAAGGGAAAUUGAGGAAUUCAAUUUCUCUAUCAUUUGGGUACUUAUAAGGGAAGGGAGGGAAAUAAAUCCUUCCAACAGUAGAAAGAUUUGGAAGGAAUACACACCAAUCUGCUCUUCCAAUCCUUCCUAAUAUGUUAUCUAAAUAUAGGGUAAAUUUGUAUUUAUGUACAAUUCUGUUUCAAACGUUUUACUCCAUUUUAACAAUUGAAGUUUUGAGUAAAUCCUUUUCCAGUUCUGAAAGCCCUCUUCUAUUGUAUGUUUAUGCCUCUGCCAACUGCUGAUCGAUGUUAAUACUGUGCUUGUCUGUAACUCUAUGUAUUCUACAUCUAAAAGAAAGAAACGAUUAAGGGUAGUUAGUGGAUGGGCCAACUUGUUGGGUGAAAGAUCACCAAUUGUAUUGCUUAAGAAACUCAUUAGGUUUCUGGUAAUACAAGCUUCUUCAAUAUGUGAACUGAUCAACUAUUAAUGAUUGAUCUGAUACCAAUAUAUAUGUUCUUCCGCAGCUGAAAUGUGUUCAUGGCUGUAAAUAUGUAGUUCUUUUUCACAAAUUCUUGUGUGUUAUGGUCUCACCGUGAAAUGUUCCUUAUAUUAGUAUAUGGGCUCCUUUUUUUGAGGUUGUUCAGUGAGAGACAAUCUCUCACAAGAGUAGCUCUAUACUUUUUUUGGUUAGUGUCCCAUUAAACCUCACUCGGGUCAACCUGUUACAGAAUAAUUGGUAAAACACCUUCGGAAUAGGGGGUGGAAGGGGAAUCUCCACCCAUAAAUUAAUACCACUGAGUUUCAUGGCACAACCCACAGCCUCAUCGUUGUGAGAUGCAGCUUCACCAUUAAACCAACUACUUGGUAAUGAUACGGUACUAAGCCUAUCAUAAAAGACAGCCUUAAGUUUUGCUCUUAAUAGCAUUUCUUGCAAUAGCUGUUUUGUCAAGAUAAACUACAGUAGUUGUUAAUGUCUCACACUUCCAAUGUUGUCGAUUUUACAAAGUUUGGAGGGAACACAUUGCAGGGAACAAUCGACUUAUUUUGGAGAUUUUCCAUAGCCAACUUAUGUGUCAUAAUAGCUAGUUAGAAAUUAAGUAGAAAAGAUCCAAAUUCUGGUAGGAGUGUCUUUAUACAAAGUUUUGCAUGUCGGAUCACAGAUGAAUAUUGAAUAAUGUAUCAAUUUGGUUAUAACAAGUUUUUUAUUCUUUCCCGAAUACGCCAAAAAUGAAUUGACAUGAUACUUUUAUUUCUGGUGUUCAUUUGAAUGUUUAAGCGGGUUUUAUGUAUUAUAUAUUGGGUCAGAUUAUUUCAAUUUUUGCGU